CCGAUAAAGCAGUUUCCAACACACUGUUGAUAAUUGCUCUCGCCAUAUUGUCGUUUGAACUAUUGUGUUGUUGUGUGUUUGUGUUUUCACCGGUUAAGUUGUUAAACUAAGGAUCCAAUAGUUGCAAUAAUGGAUAUACAAAAUUCAGCGAGGGAAAACGGUCAGCCGAAGGCUGAGACUGAAUUAAGCCCAAAAUUGGUUGACGUACCCGAAACCAACGGAAAGGAGGAGAUCACCAAGCCCCAAGAAAUCCCCAAACAUAAUACCAGAAGCAGAUCUACAACACCACAAAACAAGAAACUGCUAAAAAAACAACAGAAAGAGUUAGAAAAAAUCAAGUUGAAGGAAUUGGAGGCUAAAGCUGAAGAUUCCAAGUCGGAUGAGCCUGCAGCUAACAAUAGUGAACAGGCCGCAACUGAAAAAGUUAAGGAAUUAACCCCAGAAAUCGAUCACAAAGAAAGUCUGAACGGCAACAUAGAAGAAAAACUCAAAGAGAAGCAGGAGGUGAAGGCCAAAGGAGAGUCGGAGGAAAUGGAACCUUUGGUUUUGAUUUCUGACGAACCUGAUCCUGAAUUACAGUUUGAGGAUUCAGAUCAUGAAUCAGGGAAAAGUUCGCCUUUAACAAGGUGUAAAACACGUCGCUCACAGACACGUAAUAUCCCGACACCGAAAACACCCAAGUCCUUAGAAAACGACCAAGAUUCCGAAAAGAAUUCUCUAGCGCCACCCACUCCCGAACACAUUUUGGAGAUCGAGUCCAAUAAGUCCACGCCGAGGGGUGGCGACAACCUGGAGGUGUCGUACGCUUCCAUCGACUUCAACUCUUCCACUAGGGCGGUCGCCGGCAGCGACACCACUCGCCUUAACUUCGAGUUGGAGGAGUCCAUGGGCGAGGCCUAUUUGGAGAGUUGCAAGAACAGAAGUCUGAGGAACUUGUCGGCCAGGCGACCCAUCAGACCGAUGAACGAGGAUUAUUUGAAGAGGGCCAUCAGAAACAAUCAGGAGAACGCUUCAGACCAGCAGGGCGUCAAGCGCAAGGAUCGCAGUGAAUCCCCUGAAGAAACGAAGAAAAUGAAGUUGGAAAAUCCGGGACUUAUGAACAUGUUAUCCACUCCGUUCACAUCAAUUAAGAAUAAGUUUAAGUCUGAGGCGCAGUCGAGCACCCCGACAUUGACUGCCUACAAAGACACGACCAAUGGACUUUUCACUGAUAACCAAAUUGAAGUGGAAGAUGGGUUAGCAGAUAAAAAAAGUUGGUGCACUAUUAUGUAAUGAAUAUAGUUAAGGUUUUCUUUUUAUAGUCUAAAAGACGUGACUUUGUUUGAAUUUUUUUAUUUGAAUUGACUUUUCUUAGAAGCUAGUACAAAUUAUAUUACAUAUACUUAUGUUUCGUUUAUUUAUAAUAUAUUGUAUCAAUAUAUGAAAUAUCUUUUUUAUUUAAUUAAUUAGAUUAUUCUAUUUUUAGACGAAAUUGAUCAUGUAAAUAUGCACCAGACAAUUAUUAAUUUUUAUCAUGAAAUUUAUAUGGAUCAUACAUACUUUAUGUAAUACUUUAUUCAUAAACAUUGUUUAUAUUUUAUAAAUGUUAAGUCAUUAAAUCAGUUUGAGAUUAACUUGAGAUAUUAUUUUCCUAAUACCAACAAUACUGUAAGUUUUUUUAGUUUUUACCUGACUUAAACUCUGUUCAAACAACGUACGGAGUGAAGUAAACAGUAGUCAUGUGCUAAACACAGAGUACACGUGACUGUCAAAAACUAAAGAUACUCAAAUAAUAUUUUUAGACAAGUAUUAAAAAAUAAAGAUAAAAAAGGUAAUCUAUCUAUUAAGAGGAUAAAGAACAGCAGGAUUACAGACUUAAGUAAUAUUUUGUCGGUAGAAACAGGAUAUUGUUUUUUAAAAAGCUUUUUUUCUCACUGAUUAAAAAGAAAUGUGUUGUGUAUGUUACUUAGUACAUUGUUUGAAUAGGCUAUAGGUCUGUUAUAUAUUUCCCAAAUAUAUAGUGUGUAUCUUAUAAGUGUACCUUAUUGCUAAACUAAUACUUUCAAAUUUAUGUGGAU